AUUUUCUUGUGUUUGCUUCCUAAAAAUUGAACAUAGCAGGGAACUGGUCGAUAGUAAUAACACUUGUUGUAGUUGUAGCCUUUAGUUUAGUUCAAGAAUUUCUGGAUCAAUGUGAAUUUUAAAAUUCAGUCUGUAGGCCAGCUUUAGGGACAAAUGCCAUUUAAAAUGUUUCAUGUGUGUUUUGUGAAUAAAACUGUAUGCCCUGGAAUGAGAAAUUCAUGGAUUUAUAAGUGAAGAAACCAUGACUAGUUGGUUGCACGGAUAACUGGCUGACAAAUGAAAUUUUUGGAACUGGUGAAUAUCACAAACUACCAAGCUGGGUUGCAGCAAAUCCAAAUCUAACAGCCCUAACAAGGGUUGCUGCGCCGUCAUGAAUAAACUCAUGCCAUCUAGCACUCCUUCCAAGAUGGAGUCUUUCACUGGCCGCAAGAAAGUACUCUUGGCUCCAGGCCAUUCCCUGAUGGACUGGAUCAGACUUGGCCGAUCAGAGGGUGAUCUCAGUGGAGUAGGGAACAACAAAUUGCAGGUCACAGCUGCUGAGCUGGCCAUGCACAAUACACAGAAAGAUAUAUGGAUGUGUAUCAGAGGUAAAGUUUAUAAUCUCACACCUUACUUGGAUUACCAUCCUGGUGGAGUAGAGGAGUUGAUGAGGGCAGCUGGCAAGGAUGGGACAGACCUUUUUGAUGAGAUCCAUAACUGGGUUAACGCUGAGUCCAUGCUAGAGAAAUGUUUUGUCGGCACAUUAUCAGAUUCAGCCAAAGCUCCAGUUCGCAUUUCCAAAGUACGCCAGUUGUCAGUCAGUUCUAACACAGGUUCCAUCAGCAGUAGUAAACCAAUUCCCCAAAACCCCACCCAAGAUUGGUACCAGAAUGAUAAAGAAGUAGUUAUAGCUAUCUACACAAGAUGGAAAGAAAUGAAACAAGAAUUUGUUAUCGUAGAUAUCUCUGCAACAGAAAUCAUGGUCGAAACAUUAAUCAAGGAUUUCUCAUACUUUGUACACAUCCAUCCCAUAUGCCCUGUGACAGAUAACUGUAGAGUUGAAGUGACUGCCAACGGAAAGGUUGAAGUGUUUUUUGAAAAGGCUAAUGUGAAAGAAAACUGGAAUUAUUUAGGAACGUCACUCAAGUUUAAUGAUGCUUUUAUCAAGUCUAAGUGUGGGGAUUGUAAAUAUCGUCAGUGGACAGUGGUGAGCAACCAGGGUGUGACCCACGACACGAGGCUCAUCUGUCUGAAGGCUCCAGCAGGAUGUCGUAUGAUUGUACCCAUUGGCUAUCACUUACACAUACGAGCGGACAUUUCAGGCAUGGAAAUAGGUCGUAGCUUCACUGUUGUCUUACCAUCACUGACCAAACCUUUUAGUGAUGCAGAUGCCCUCAAGGGGAAGUCACUCUAUCUUAUGGUGAAAAAUUACCCAGGCGGAGCCUUAUCACCCUGGUUGUGUAGUUUAAAGUCUGGAGAUAAAGUGGACAUGAGUAACUUUGAUGGAGACUUUGAUUUUUCUGUCUUGGAGAAGACGACAUAUCUCACAAUGUUUGCUGCUGGUACAGGAUUCACAUCCAUGAUACGUCUUAUUGCGCAUGCACUCUUCACACUUAAAGACAAAAAAUACCCUGUAAAGCUGAUGUUUUUUAACAAAGCACAAAAAGACAUUCUGUGGAGCGAUCAACUUCAGGAGCUGGAAAAAAUGUUUCCAUCUAGAUUUUCAGUGACCCAUGUAUUAUCUCAAGAAACUGAUCUCAGUUGGAAGGGUUUGAGGGGGCGUGUCAGUGGGGACCAUGUCAAGAAAUGUGUCCUUGAAAUGAAGACUACACCCAACCCUUUGUUUUGUAUUUGUGGCCAGUGGGCCUACAACGACGUUGUAGAAAGUUUAGCUAAAUUGAAUGGUCUAACAGAGGAAAAUAUAUACGUCUUCACACAACGCAUCUAAUGCAGCACCAAAUAGAUCACUCGUAUAGCACCCCAUAGAUUACUUGUGUACCAGGGAGGGAUGACUAAACUGUACUGGACUUUAUACAUCAAUUUGCAUGUACAAACAGGACUUUGUACAGCAAUUUGUGUGUACAAACAGGACUUUGUACAGCAAUUUGCAUGUACAAGCAGGACUUUGCACAGCAAGCUGUGUGUACAAAAGGCUGUUAAAUGGCAGGAUUUUUGUACCAGAAGCUGAGUGUACAGCUACUGUUUGAAAUGAAAACAAGCUGUACAACUAUGAAAGCUGUUACAGUUAGAAAAUGUUACAUACAGCACUGACUCUGCCAUAUAACUCUGGUACAAAACAGACACUGAAUGUUAAAUUUAUACUCAAUGAAUAAAAUAUCACAAUUAGAAUCAUUCAUGUUAGAUUUUUGUUUUAUUUGAUGUGUAUCGAAAUAAAUAAAU